AUGUGUCCGGAGCUUCUAGGGGAUUUCGUAGGAGCAGAGGCGGGGGAAAGCCAGCGCGCCAGCCUGUGGGCCUCGCAAACCGCGGACCGCCAACUCGCGCCUUGUGCGGCCAUGAGCGCGGCAGCUAGAGCCAACUCAACCGUCGCCUCACACACGUCACACAGCUCCUUAUUCCCGCGACCCUUCCACCUCCCGCAGCCCCCGCUGAUAGCGCCGCCGCCGCACAUCUCAGCGCAGCACUUCCUGUACCUCCAGCAGCAGCAGCGCCGCCUGCAGCUCGUGCAAUCCCUGCCCAUCCCGCAACCCCUCCUUCACCAAUCCUCCGUCUCCGCCGGCUCCGCGGCCGCCGCCGUUCCUCCCGCGGUCUCCGAAGCGCGGCUGCCGGCGCCGGCGUACGACUAUGCGACACACGGCGCGGUGAUGACGCCGGAGCAGGUGGAGGCGCUGCGGCGGCAGAUCGCGGUGUACAGCACCAUCUGCCAGCAGCUCGUCGCCAUGCACCAGGCGCUCACCGCGCAGCACGCACACUUCGCCGCAGCAGCGGCGGCAGCGGGGGUCCUCGGGCACCUCCCCUUCCCCUACGACCACUACGGCGUCGGUUCCGCCGCCAUCGCCGCUCACCCCAAGACGCGCCAGCGGUGGACGCCGCAACCCGCGCAGCUGCAGAUUCUCGAGAAGUACUUUUCGCUCUCCACAGGCACGCCGAACAAGGCGCGUAUUCGGGAAAUAACGGCGGAGCUGCAGCAGCACGGGCCUAUAUCGGAGACGAACGUGUACAAUUGGUUUCAAAACCGCAAGGCGCGGGCGAAGCGGAAGAACUCGAAUCUCGCGAAUGGGGGGAGCGGCGGAGGGGAGAAAGACGCGGGCGCGGGGGAAGCCGCGGGGGCUGUCGCUGCGCAUGGUGGGGGGGGGAAGGGGAGCGCGGGGGCGGGUUGGGGGAGCCAGGGGGAGAAGCGGCACAAGGGGGACUCGUCGGAGAGAGUAAAGGAUGUGAUUGUAGAGGGGGAAAUGGGUCUCGUGCGCAGCGGUAGUGUGGCGAGUUCAGGCGGGGGUGACGUCAUCAGGGAGCCGGACGGAAGGACAGCGCACGAGGCGGGCGAGGGCAGCCCCGGGGGAGUCAGCGCCGCGGGUGGGAGCGCUGGGGCGGCGGGAGGGACCUUCGCGAGCGCGGGGGAAGGCGGGGGAAACCACACCGCGGAGGGGCAGGAGCGGGGCGCAGGGUCGGGGGGGGAAGGCGCGGUGAGCAUGUGCGAGGCAGCAGCGGGCGCGGGCGGUGCUGCGGGGGGAGCGUUGAUGGACCAUCAGCGGGUGACGAUCGCCGUGGGAGGUGGCGCUAUGGCUGUAGGCGACGGCGCGAAUGCAGCAGCGCCUGUGACGGAAGGGAGCUUGCCACAGUACGGGUCGGGUGAUGGUGAUAAUGGUGCGGGCAUGGACGUGGGCGACAGUGCGAACCAGGACGGGUGGCAGGCCGCAGGGGAAGGUGCGCUGCAGCAGGUGGGCGUGCAUGUGUCGAGGCAGCAGCAGCAGCAGCAGCAGCGCCUUGAUGCGCCUGGAGAGGCGGCUUCCGCAGCCCACUUGGAUGCACACGUGCGCAUGGACGGGUGUGGGCCAAUGAACAUGCAACAUGGGGACCGCGCGCAUCUGGGGGCCAGCGGGGGCUUGACUGGCGCGCAUGCGCACUUGGAGGGGGAGGCGCAGAGCCACAUGCGCGCGCACAGCAGCGAGCACGUGCGCGCAUGGGGCGCGCAUGGCGCAGGGGAGGGGGUUCAGGCGAGGGGGCAUGGCAUGGGCGGGCACGGAAUUGCGGAAGCUCAGGGGGGCUUGGGCGGUGAGCGGUGCGUGGAGGGGCGGAGUGCGGAGCAGGAGAGUGUUUCCAGAAUAGCAGGCGAUCACGUGCAGCCAGUGAGCCUGGCAGCCGCGGCAGCACCUGAAAACACACCUGGAGAAGCACCUGGGCAUGGGGACUUUAACGAUGGAAGUCACUCGUUGGUGCAGGAGUCGCUAAGACCACAGGGUGACGCGAGUGGGGGUAUGCAUCAUGAGAGUGAGGCAGGGAUUGCGGAGCAGAGGGAGCUUGGGGCAGUGCCAUGUGGGCCGGCACAGGUGGUGAUACAGCAGACGGGGCAAGAGGAGAGUAUGGCUGGGCAGCAGCAGUGGCAGCAGCAGUGGCAGCAGCAGCAGCAGCAGCAGGGCGCGGAGCAUGACAGUGUAUUGGCUCCUCCGCUUGCCUGCACGCUUGCUGCUGUGCACACAGCAGAGAGCAGUGUGCAUGCACAGGGCGACCUGCAGCUGCAGCAGCAGCAGCAGCAGCAGCAGCAGUUGGCUGUAUCGCCUCCACAAGUUAUGGUGCCUGUACAGCAGCAGGGCGAGGAGGGUGGGCAGAUGGAAGGGUUGGAGGCCGGUGGAGUGGUGACAGGGCAGGCAGGGCAAGAUGGGCAAGAGGUGGGCAUGGGCAGUGAGGUGGGGGCGGAGGCUCAGGAGCAGCAGCACAUGCUGAUAGAUCAAACCAUGUUCCACCCACCUCCUCCCCCUCCAGAGGCAACAAGUGCGAUGCAGGUGAUGAUCAAUGGCAAGCCAUGGGACGUGCCCAUUGGGCUGCUGGAUGUGCGCAACAGCUUUGGGGAAGGUGCUGUGAUAUUCGAUGCACAGGGGUGUGCUGUGCCAACCAACGAGAUGGGCAUCACUCUUGAGCCUCUGCAGGAAGGCAGCAGCUACACUGUGCAGGGGGGCGACAUUGCGCUGGUCUCAGAUCCCGUGCCUCUGUUACCAGAUGAUGACCUUGUGCCCGACUCCACAUUGCUUUGA